ACCCUAUUCUCUAUUCCCCAAGGCAAGGUCUAUAUAUGUACAGCCUAAGCUAAACUAAACUAAACCCUUGCCUUCCAAAAUUCCCUCUCUCUCUCUAUUUCUUAACACUUCAUCAGCAAAUUCAGAAACACUGCAGUGUAUAGCAGGCAUAAGCCAUUGCAGAGAGACAUAUAUCCCCCUCUCAGACCAGUUAGUUAAGUAACGGUUUUCUCCUUUCCAUUUUUCUCAUUUUCUUCCCAAUUUACCCUUCUUCCUGCUCCUCAUUUUCUCUCUUAUGCCAUCCAACUAGCUAGUCAAAAAAGCUUUUCCAUUUUAUUUAGAAUUCUGUUGGUCUAAACACAUCCUCUUGGCAAGCGAAUCCUAUUCGAAUCGAGUAGAUUUUAUUUAGAAAUUAAGAAAAAGGCAAAAUGAUAACCUGGGGAGAUUUCUACACGGUGAUGUCGGCGGUGAUUCCGCUGUACGUGGCGAUGAUCCUGGCGUACGGCUCGGUGCGGUGGUGGAAGAUAUUCUCACCGGACCAAUGCUCCGGCAUAAACCGCUUCGUCGCGAUCUUCGCCGUUCCGCUCCUCUCGUUCCACUUCAUCUCCAUGAACAACCCGUACGAGAUGAACUUCCGGUUCAUCGCGGCGGACACGCUCCAGAAAAUCAUCAUGCUCUUCGCCCUCGCCAUCUGGACGAACUUCUCCGCCAACGGGAGCCUGGAGUGGAUGAUUACGAUUUUCUCCCUCUCCACAUUGCCGAACACGCUCGUGAUGGGGAUCCCGCUGCUCAUCGCCAUGUACGGCGAAUACUCCGGCAAACUCAUGGUGCAGGUGGUGGUGCUGCAGUGCAUCAUCUGGUACACGCUCCUCCUUUUUCUCUUCGAGUACCGGGGCGCGAAGCUUCUUAUAAUGGAGCAGUUUCCUGAAACCGCUGCUUCCAUAGUCUCCUUCAAGAUCGAUUCCGACGUCGUUUCGCUCGACGGUAGGGAUUUUCUGGAAACAGACGCCGAAGUCGGCGAUGAUGGGAAGCUUCACGUAACGGUUAGGAAGUCGAACGCUUCCAGAAGGUCCUUUAUGAUGACUCCGCGGCCCUCUAACCUCACCGGCGCGGAGAUUUACAGCCUCAGCUCGUCGCGUAACCCCACGCCACGUGGCUCCAACUUCAACCACGCGGAUUUCUACUCCAUGAUGGGGUACGCGCCGAGGCAUUCUAAUUUUGGUGCAGCGGAUAUGUACUCCGUGCAGUCCACGUCACGCGGGGUCACGCCGCGUCCCUCCAACUUCGAGGAGAAUUGUGGGUCUGCUGGUGCAAUGCAGCAGCAGACCAUCAGCUCCCCGAGGUUCGGGUUCUAUCCCGCAGUGCAGACGUUGCCCGCGGCGUACCCGGCUCCGAACCCGGAAUUCUCCUCCGGGUUAACGAAGAGUGUGAGCAAGAAUUCUCAGACGCAGCCUCAGCUUCAGACUCAGACGCAGCCACAGGUUCAAGCUCAAGUUGCUCCUCCUGCUCCUCCUCCUCAAGUAGCUCAACCUGCCAACAGUGGGAAUAAAACCAGCCACGAUGCUAAGGAGCUCCAUAUGUUUGUAUGGAGCUCCAGUGCGUCGCCAGUUUCUGAAGCCGGCGGCCUCCACGUGUUUAGUGGGGCUGAUUUUGGAGCAUCGGAUCAGUCAGGUCGCUCCGAUCAAGGUGCCAAGGAGAUUAGGAUGUUGGUUGCUGAUGACCACCCUCAAAAUGGAGAAACCAACAAAGCUGCUGCAGAAGGAGAAUUUGGUGGGGAAGAGUUGAAGUUUCCUGCGAAAGAAGGAGAACAAGCAGAGGAAGAGGGAGGGAAAGCUGGACCAGCUGGGCUUAACAAGUUAGGAUCUAGUUCAACGGCGGAGCUACACCCGAAAGCCGCUGUCGCCGGUGCUGGAAAACACAUGCCUCCGGCGAGUGUGAUGACCCGUCUCAUACUGAUUAUGGUGUGGAGGAAGCUUAUUCGCAACCCCAACACUUACUCCAGUCUCAUUGGUGUCAUUUGGUCCCUCGUGGCGUUUAGGUGGCAUGUGCACAUGCCCAAAAUAAUUGAGAAAUCAAUCUCCAUACUGUCUGAUGCUGGUCUUGGAAUGGCUAUGUUCAGCUUGGGUCUGUUCAUGGCUCUUCAACCUAAGAUAAUUGCAUGUGGGAACUCUGUUGCAACAUUUGCCAUGGCUGUUCGGUUCCUCACAGGUCCCGCCGUCAUGGCAGCAGCUUCCAUCGCUGUUGGCCUACGUGGCACCCUCUUGCGUAUAGCUAUUGUUCAGGCUGCACUACCACAAGGGAUUGUUCCAUUUGUGUUUGCCAAGGAGUACAACGUCCAUCCAGCCAUUCUUAGUACAGCGGUUAUAUUUGGGAUGUUGAUAGCACUACCAAUUACUCUACUCUACUACAUAUUACUUGGUUUGUAAAAUAUCUAUGCAGUAGUAGCCAACAUACCAGGACAGAAUGAAAUGAAUGAAUGACCCUUUGAACCUUUUUUAUACUUUGGGAGUUAGCAUGCAUGCCUGGUGGUGACCACAGUGGAUUGAUUAUGCUGUUAUUAACAACAGGGGAUUUGGAUUUUUUCUGAGGGGGAGAACAACAAAAACUAGUAGUAUCCUUAAAAGAGAGGAGAGAUCCUUGCUUGCUUGAGAGUUUCCAAAAAUUUUGGAAUUUCAGAAAAAAAAAUUGACCCAAUUGGUCCAAAUCCCCACAAUUCUAAUCCCCCUAUCAAAAGUCCAAAAUACACGCAAUUUUCAAGAGCAGAGAGAGACGAACAAGUACAUGAAAUGGGAGACAUAGCAGAGGAAAAACAGGGGCAAGGCUCACAAUGAAAUCUAGAAAUGGUUCCCUCCGUAUCUGCAUUGUAAAUUUUUAUUAAUUAGAAAAGUCAUGUUUGUGUCAUCAAGUAACAAAGACAGCUUAGCAAUUUGGUAGGGGAAAUAUGAAAUUGGAAUAUAAGCAAAAGACCGUUUUUUUUUUUUUUUUAAGUUUUGUUUAGUCAUUUGUUUACUUCAAUUUUAUUAUUAUUAUACUAUGGGUGUUUUUGUCUUUGACCA